AUGAAGAUAAAAUUGCCGCGUGAUCGUUUCCCGUCGACAUCCUCGACUGAAGACAUCGAAACCGGCACCGAGUGGGACAUGAAUCGGCACAGCAUCCCACAUCCGCUCCCUUACCCACAUCCCGUCCCGGACAUGUUGCAUCCCAUGCGCCAUCCUCCCCCGCAGGCAAUCAUAGUCGGCUCAGUACGAAAACGUCGCGGCAACUUACCGAAGCAUUCGGUUAAGAUAUUAAAGAGAUGGCUUUACGAACACCGGUACAAUGCGUAUCCUAGUGACGCGGAGAAGCUUGCCUUGAGUCAGGAGGCAAAUUUAAGUGUCCUGCAGGUUUGCAAUUGGUUCAUAAACGCCCGUCGCCGUAUCUUACCGGAGAUGAUCAGACGCGAAGGUCACGAUCCCUUACACUAUACGAUCUCGCGUCGUGGCAGGAAGCAGCCCGGUGCUGCAGCAGGAGUGGGACCAAUGGUGAGGCUUUCUGCCGCCUCGACGUCUGGGUACGGACUGGGCCACGGUAACGUCACUGUAACAUCCUGGGACAGCAUUAUGAUGGAGAAUCGAGUGGAAGUUCGCAAUCACGACUAUGGCAACGAUUUGCUAGUGUAUCGUAGCGACGGAGAGCUCGGCGAGGAAGGCUACGCCAGCACUCUGAGCGAGGAGGAGGUGAAGUACGAUCCGUCCGUCUGGCAGUCUGUCAUCAGAUACGGGCCUGACGACUUGCAUCCCGCAACUAGAGGGAACCCUUCAGUCGUGACGGUGGCCACAACAGAAGCAAACGUGGCACAACAAAAGUCUGAGAUCGUCACAACAAGCGACGGCAGCACGUGGCACUCGCUGCAGCCCGUCUCGCAGCCAAGCGCACGUGUACACUCUGCCCAACUGCAUCCCCACGCUCAGAUACCGACGCACGCUCAACUGCAGAAUCUUGCCCAAAUGCAGUAUCACGGGCAGCUUCAGGCGCUUAGACCGAGACGGAUGCAGGUGGUGCCGAGCAUUGAGGACGGUGAGGAGGACUUCAAGCGCUUGUAUCUGCUCGUCGAGACGGCUGUAGCGGUCCGCCAGAGGGAGAGGGAACAGGAAGCUCUGUUACCGCAUUGCUAA